UUACCUCAGAGGAUUCUUGGGUGUCUGUGUAUGCUUCUACCUUUUCUAGGCUAAGACUAGAAGAUUUCGCUUGUUGGCCACAGGAACGCGGAUAUUCAAUCCUUCUCCAAGCCGCCUCCGGGAAGCCUUCCCAGACUGUCUCCCAAGAUGGUCUCCGUGAGGCCAGCACACCUCCACCACCCCCGCCCCAGGCUGUUGCCUCCCGUUGUUUUCCGUGGCCGCCCCUCUUCCUUGCCUGCGCUCCGCCUGACCGCCCUGAACCGUCUGGCGCCGAGGGGAGGAAACGCGGCCCCGCGAGGGGGCCUGGCUGAACUGGGCGGCCAGUGGCCAGCUCCGCCCCUACCUGUCUUGGCCCAGCCGCCCCGCGCCCGCGCGCUGCAAAUAAAAGGGGGCUCGGUGGCUCGAGGUCAGCGAGUUCGCUCUCCGCUUGGAGCGCCCUCAGAGUCCCGCCGCUAGGUCCCCACACCAUGUCCUUCCACCUCGGCUCUCAGGCGUUCAGCUCGCGCUCGGCCGCAGCCGCCCCGGGCCGAGGCGCGCAGGUGCGCCUGAGCUCGCGGCGCCCGCUCGGCCUGGGCGCAUCGCGGCCGCGGGUGACCCUGAACUUGGCUUCUGCAGGCCCAGCGGGAGCCGGCAUCCGCGAGGUGACCCUCAACCAGAGCCUGCUGGCCCCGCUGCAACUGGACAUCGACCCCUCCCUCCAGCAGGUGCGCCAAGAGGAGCAUGAACAAAUCAAGACCCUCAACAACAAGUUCGCUUCCUUUAUCGACAAGGUGCGCUUCCUGGAGCAGCAGAACCAGAUGCUGGAGACCAAAUGGGCAUUGCUGCAGGAGCAGGGCAAUGCCAAGAACAGCCGGCUGCCCAGCAUCUUGGAGGCCCAGAUUGCUGGGCUGAGGGGACAGCUGGAGGCGCUGCAAAUGGAUAGCGGCCGCUUGGAGGCAGAGCUGCGCAGCAUGCAGGAGGCGGUGGAAGACUUCAAGAAUAAGUAUGAAGAUGAAAUUAACCAGCGCACGGCUGCCGAGAAUGAGUUUGUGAUGCUGAAGAAGGAUGUGGACGCUGCCUACAUGAACAAGGUGGAGUUGGAGGCCAAGGCCAAUGCCCUCAACGAUGAGAUCAACUUCCUGAAGACCCUCAACGAGCUGGAACUGACGGAACUGCAGGCUCAGAUUUCUGACACGUCCGUGGUGCUGUCCAUGGACAACAACCGGCACCUGGACCUGGACAGCAUCAUCGCCGAGGUCCGUGCCCAGUAUGAAGACAUCGCCCAGAGGAGCCGAGCCGAGGCUGAGGCGCUGUACCAGACCAAGUUUGAGAACCUCCAGGCCCAGGCGGGGAAGCACGGGGGUGAUCUACGCAGCACCCGGAGUGAGAUCGCCGAGCUGAACCGCGCCAUACAGAGACUGCAGGCUGAGAUCGACGGGGUCAAGAACCAGCGUGCCAAGCUGGAAGCCGCCAUUGCUGAGGCCGAGGAGCAUGGGGAGACUGCCCUCAAGGACGCCCGUGCCAAGCAGGAGGAGCUGGAGGCCGCCCUGCAGCGGGCCAAGCAGGACAUGGCACGGCAGCUGCGCGAGUACCAGGAGCUGAUGAGUGUGAAGCUGGCCCUGGACAUGGAGAUUGCCACCUACCGCAAGCUGCUGGAGGGCGAGGAGAGCAGAAUGCAGGGAGAUGGAGCAGGAGCCUUGAACAUCUCCCUGCUGAAUGCCACUGGUGGUGGUGGCCACGGCAGCGGGCUGACCUUCAGGGGAACCAUGGGCAGCAACGCCCUGAGCUUUUCCAGUGCUGGGGGACCCGGAACCCUUAAGGCCCGGAGGAACAUCUACAACUGAGCCUAGCUCUGCGGAGACGCAUGUACCCUUUGUCCCACCUUCCAGCCCCAGGACUGUGGGAUGGUUCUAACAAGAGUGUGGGUGUUGGAGAGACUUCCAAUAAAGCUGCCACUUCCUGAAGCCUGGA